AUGCAACACAGUGUAACUUCGCGUUUUGAAGCAGUGGAUGACCAACUUCAGAGUUUGCAACGGGAAAUGCGCGCUAUUGCGGACCGCCUGCGUGAACUCGAGUCCGAAAGUCCCGUUGCUUCGACUAAAGUCUCAGCCAGUGUGACUGCCGCCGCAGGCAGCUUAAGUCGAAUCCUAAAUGCCCCCAAAUCACCUACAUAUGUCGGUCCAACGAGUGCAGAGUUUGGGCUUAGCCAACAACCGCGGCCCUGUUCCGAAGAGAACGAUCCUAGCCAGAACGAUGAGGAAGAUGAGGAAGAGAAUUUUGGCCUCUUAACGGGUAAUCCGAGCCCCGCGCCGACUGGCGAACAAGACGAUAUGAGUGGUAUGGAUCCUCUCCAGUCAUUGGGUUUGGAAGAGAUCUUACGCUUGGUCAAGGUUUACGAAGAUACAGUUGGAAUCAUGUACCCUUGUGUUGACCUGGCCAGUUUGCGCACGUACGUCGUGGAAUUCCAUCAUACCUAUAAUCCAGAUAUUGAUCAUGUUUCCGGUCCGGUCCCCAUAACUUCUGAUCAAAAUUGGUUCCACGCACGAGAUAUACAGGUUCUGAAGAUUUUGUUAGCCACUGCUUUGCUCGUUGAGUCUCAUGGUCGAAGCGAACGUGCUGCACAGUUGGCAAAUAGCGUCGAAGACCGGUUUGCGAGUCGCCUAAAGAUAGCAGAGGUCGAUAUGAAAGAGAUUUUAAUUUUGACUUUGUUGUCUAUUUUUCAUUCAUAUCGCGACGAUGAAGUGAUUGCCUGGCGAUUGACUGGAAUGGCAGCCCGGGGGAGUAUGGAGCUCGGUCUCCAUUGCCAGGAUACAUGGCACAAGACAGGGGGCGUGUUUCCCGGGGCCUUGGAAUGGAUAUGGGCUAGCCGCCUAUUUUGGUGCAUUUAUGUACUGGAUAGGAAAUGGUCCUUCGGGACUGGUCUUCCAUUUGCUAUCCAGGACUCUGAUAUGGACACCAAUUUGCCCGAGCCAGGCCAUUCGACACCUUAUUUAACUUGCAUGAUUUCAUAUGCGCGGCUCAGUACAAAGAUAUGGGGUCUGGUUGUUGGAUGGCAAAGUAGGUCCAAGGAGGCGACUUCAGAAAGAUGCGCCAUUCUUGAUGCCCAGGUACACCAAUGGGUACAUUCAAUCCCUCAAGAACUAAGAUAUGACCCCUCUUGGCGACCGUCGGCAGGGUCAGAACAUGCGGAUCGACCGAUAAUGCUACAGGUGCUUCUCGCCCUGCAGGCAAAUCAACUGCGGAUCUUGGUCUAUCGACAGAAUCUUCUGAGCACUGAGCGAAUUGCAGAGGACAUUACCGGGGCUUCUACUGCAGUGGAAACAGCGAAGAGUACAGUGCAUAUGCUCGAUUAUUUCAGUCGGGUCUCGAAUAUGUACUUUCAACGCCCAGAACCUUUCAACUACUUCUUGAUCUCAGCUCUUGCUGCCUUGUUUCUUGCUGUGUUACAUGCGCCUGCCCACUUUAGCCAGGCCUGUCGUCCAGAGUUCUUUACGGCUGUUGACAUGGUCCGACGUUCAGCGACCCGUGCUCGCACAUCGCGACGUCUUCAAAAAAUAAUUCACAGUCUAAAGAGAAUUCAGCUGAAUGCACACUGGCAAAUGAAGUCAGGUCGCCAAUCCUUGGUUCCAGAUAAAGAGACCUUGAGUAGAAACUCACGUCCGCAUAUACCCACUAAUUCAUAUCCUGCUUUAUCUAGUCGGGCAAGACAUCUAAACUCGGGUACUCAAUGGGAUUCGAAUUCAACUCCAUCCUAUACCGAGUCACCAUCGGCUCAUAAUGCACCUAGCCUUGAUCAAACUCCCAGUUUGUUGACUCCCCAGCAAUCAUCUGCAACAUUUUGGCCUUUGUCACCUGGUACAGCACCUGAUGCGGACUCAAAUGAAUGCCAAGAUCUCAGUAGCUUUUUUGAGAUAGCUGGUGGUUUUUACUUUGAUCCACAGUUAGGCACUGAUUUCUCAGCUGGGGUGGAUGAUGACGUUGCAAAUUGUGAGAACGGCCGAUUGCCCAAUGCUCUGGGAGCCUUUCACGCAGAAGAUGAAGCUUUAACACGCGUUAUGGCUGGUCUUUUAUGA